AAUUGCCAUUGAUAUUUUUUAAAUAUAUCAUAUUCAAAUAAUUUUAUAAAAAAUUGUCAUAUUUUAAUAAUUUUAUUAAAAAAAUCCAUAAUAAAAAAAUGACCUAAGUGUUAAGUACAGGUGCGAUAUGAUAUUUUUUAGAAAAAGUAUCACCUCUUGUAGAUUGAUAUUUAUUGCGCGGUGCAGUACUUAAAAAAAUGAAGAAUUAAUUUAUAAGAGACAUACUUAUUUAAAAAAUAUUGAAAAAAAUUAUAUCACAGCUGUAGGUGCCAUGCUUAGGACCUUGCGCGUUAAAAAAGCAAAGUCUAAAGAGAGAAUUAGUUGAAUCUACUAUUACUCUAAGAAUUAGUUUUUCUUUUUUAGUAAAUAAAAAAACCGCAUCUUCUGACAUUUUCAUCGCCCACAGUAAGAAAACCAUGGCACCAGAGGUGUGAUUUUUCUUUUAGGGGAUCCAUCUAAUUUAUUUCGGUUAAAUUAUUUUUUUCUGAUUAAUUUUUCUACUAAAGCACUACUAAUUUUUUAGAGUGGAGCAAACAAGAGCAUUUUCGUUCUCCGCAGAAAAAUCUAGAAUGUUUCAGAAUUUUCAGAGAUAAUAUAAUAAGUAAUUACUAAAUAGAAUUUUCUGGAAAAUACGAGAUUAUUCUUCCACUUCAUUUAAAUAUCUCGGUCGUGUCUUCGCAGUGUCAAAAAAUAAAAUAAAAUCUUGAAUUGCAGAGAUCCUAAGCUACGAGAAGAUGUCACUGAUUCCAAAUUUCUUCGGCUGCCGACGGAACAACGAUUUCGAUCCUUUCUCCGUCGAUGUCUUGGAGCCCUUGGAAAUUUUUCCUUUCCCCAAUCGUCUCUUUUCUUCCGGAUUUUCUCGUGAAAAUUCAGCGUUUUUGAGCACCCGAGUGGAUUGGAAGGAGACUUCAGAAGCACACGUGUUCAAGGCUGAUAUGCCAGGACUGAAGAAGGAGGAAGUGAAGGUUGAGAUUGAAGAUGAUAGGGUUCUUCAGAUAAGGGGAGAGAGGAACGUUGAGAAAGAAGAUAAGAAUGAUACGUGGCAUCGGGUGGAGCGUAGCAGUGGCAGUUUCCUUAGAAGGUUCAGAUUGCCAGAGAAUGCAAAGGUCGAUCAAGUGAAAGCUGCUAUGGAAAAUGGGGUCCUCACUGUUACUGUUCCCAAGGAACAGGUCAAGAAGCCUGAUGUUAAGACCAUACAAAUCUCCGGUUAAUUUUAAACUAAUUGUUUGGUUUUAAAUGGUGUGUUUUUCUUUCUUGUAAUGUGAGUGAUAUCUCGUGGUGGGAGUUGCUAUUGUAUAAACAAGUAGUCAAAAUAGUUGUUGAUCUUGGGAUGUUCAUGUUAAUAAGUUGUGUUGCAAGUGGGUGUUACUCUAAUGUAGAUGAUAAGGUUUCGAUAUGGGUGUACUAGUCUUUUGUUACUUCUGCCUUUUCUCCCGUUUUAAAGAUUUUGCAAUUUUAUGCUCGCAAAGACAACAAAUAUUAGAAAAGAAUAUGGAAUAUUAUGAGAAUUCAAAAUUUUAAACGCUAAUAAUUCCUUCGAAGGUUAGUCACAGAUUUUGCAGUGACCCCCAGCAAAUUUCAAUAAAUAUACUGUCAAUUUGUCUAAGACGGAUCUUAAAACUUGAAAUCAACCAAAACUUCCCUGUAAGGGUUCAGGUGUUCCUUUCUCAGCAUUAGGGAAUUAUGACAUAAAUUCAUAACAAAGUGAGGGUUUAUCCCGUUAAUUAUAAUGGGUGUGAAACAGCAUUAUGUGCACAAGUAACAGGAGGAAAACGAAUAUUAUCCGCAAUAUGAGAGCUACUUACACACCCAGCUUAUGAUAUCGUGUGAAUAUUGUAAUAUAUUUCGUCAAAUCAAUCAAACAAUUUAUCUAGCUUAAAGAGUGACUCUGCGUAUGUUAGCUAGAUUAUAUCUACCGUUAGAGUCUGAAAAUAUCGUGUCCCAAUGAACUUCUAAUGGAAGGAACUUUGCUCUCAAUUCUUUAAAACGGCUGCCUUGCCAGCAGGAGAAGCUACUUGCAUCACUCCCUGCUCGGCACGGUCACCCAAGGAUAACAUGGAACUUAAGUUUCAUAUCAUAAAUAAAAAGGUUGGCUGAAUAACAUGAAAUUUUCAUGCCUGUCCCAUCAACAUAAAAAUAAAACAUCAAACUAGGGAUAUUACAUUUGUUAGUUUCAGAGUUUGGGCUGAUCAUAUGAUGGUCCUGGCAUUGAUUGACUAUAGAGGUUAAGAUAAAAUUUAGAAUACCAAAUUCAAUGUCUCCCGAUCCAGAAUAAUAUGGAAAACCGGAACUUCCUCAAGCUUAUUUUUUUAUCCAAUUUCAACCACAAGUAAUGAACGAAAAUGAAGGUUCAAUAUCCUUUAAUUGCUAAACAUGUAGAGAUUAAGAAGAUA